CGAGUGUUCUUCUCUAACACUGCCCCUUUACAAACGGAAAAAGACACAAAGAAGAAGAUCAUUUAUGCUCACUGCAUGUCAGUGCUGGAUGCAUAUUGGUCUUCGUUGUGUGUGUGUUGGUGGAGCUCAUCGGAUCUCGAGCGCAGGUGGAGGAUCAUUUACCGCAUUGUUCAGCUGAGCCGCGGAGUUCAGCAUCAGCAUCACAUCGGUGUGAGUGUUUAUUCAGUGUAGUGAGCCGUAUAGAAGCUUCCUGUCUGGAUCUCUGCCACCCCUCAACCCCCGCUGUUCUCUGCCACUGUUCAGCACCUCAGGCUGAAUAACUCCACCAUUAUCACAGAUUGCACCCUUGAGACCAGCCAGCUCAGAUCAAGAUCCUUCAGGAACUAAGACUCAGUGAGCACUUGUGCCCCGUCCAACCCCCCAGAGCGCCUCUGGGCACACUGGCACAGCCGAACUGUAGGACUGACUGCUAGUCAUGAGUGAAUUCUGGUUGUGCUUCAACUGCUGUAUCGCCGAGCAGCCGCAGCCGAAGAGGCGGCGACGAAUAGAUCGGAGUAUGAUCGGCAAGCCCACCAAUUUCGUCCAUACGGCACACGUAGGGUCUGGAGAUGUCUUCAGUGGCAUGAACUCUGUGAACUCAAUUCAGAAUCAAAUGCAGUCAAAGGGCGGGUAUGGAGGAGAGGCCAUGCCUGUUAAUGUACAAAUGCAGCUGGUGGAUACAAAAGCAGGAUAAUAUGUUCUUGGAAGGGGUUCUGUGAUGCCACCAGUACCCCUCCAGCAGUAUCUCUCCAUAUGCCCCCAAUGGCGACUUCACACCUCAUUCUUAUGCAGCAAAAACAUGGACAGUUGCACACAGUAAAGAGGUUGUCCUGACCUUCAAACAACAGGACCCCACAGCGCAUCAACGUUGUCUCUGAUACUGCUCCAUAACAGACGCUCAAAUACCCCUAAAUAUCCAACAGCCUACACGUGCAAAUUGUGUUUCAUCGCUUCCUCUGUGGUUAGCCGUCAACAGUUGCUGUUUCAUUGUGCAAAGUUGUGGGUCUGGAACCAGUAAGAACAAUUAUUUUGGUUUGGUCCAGUUUUGUUUCCUCAUUUCGCCAUGAAAAGACUGCUUUGUAAUUUCAGUUUAAUAAUCAGAGUGGAGCCGACAACAAUGUUUGUAUAGAAGUGGUUAGCUAUGCUCAUGUGGUGCCAAACUGCUCAGUGCAAUGAAACAACAAGAAGUACUUUCUGUUUAAAUGCAGACACAAAAUAUUUAAUUUUUUGAAGGAAAUGUGAUUGUUAUUUGGCUGUGAUGUGAUCUCAUUAGUAUUUGUAGAUAUUUGUAUGAAAACUGUAGUUCUAGCUGGUAUGUUUGUACAUUUGGAUAGAUAAUAAAAUGAUCAAUAUCAACCUAUUGAUGGCAUCUAAAACAUUAAAGGGAUAGUUCACCCCAAAAUGAAACUUCUCUCAUCGUGUACUCACCCUCAUGCCAUCCCAGAUGUGUAUGACUUUUUUUCUUCUGCAGAACACAAAUGAAGAUUUUAAG